GUGAGCGAAUAAGUUUUCAUCAUUUAAAAUCCAAAAUAUAGAACACAAUUAACCAACAAGAAAUGAACUUUUAUUUUGUUUUUAAUUAAUGGACUCAAUGCCACUGAAAGGAGUGAAGGAGCGAAGGAGUGAGCAAGUGGUUGUUUUUUCCCGACUGUUAAUCUUUAUGAUUUUUAUCCAUAUCUCCAUCAACUUGUGCGCAACAGCAAAAUGAUACAUCUGCAGGUUACUAUGAAUGCUAUGAAUCUAUGGAUUAUGGAUUGUCUAGUUCUACAUGUAUCCAUGGAUGAUGCCAAAUGUAUGAGUAUGUGAAUAUAUGUGAAUGUAUGCGCUAGUAGCAGCUACAAGUAGUGAAUAUCAGUAAAUUGCAGUAAAUAUGUUGGUAAGCAGCUGAUCAGAGCUCUGAGCUGAUCCAAACAUUAAAACCACAGCAAUAAAUUAAAUCUCCUCAGUUAAUAAAAAGAAAUAAAAUUUAUUUAACUCUGAUAGAAAAAAAAUAAAAGCAACAAGAUACUCUUAUAUAUAUAUAUUUUUAGUGAAAGAAUAUAAUGAUAGGAAAAAAAGAAGAAUCAGCAGAUAACAAUAGUGAUACAACGAGAAUUAAAAUAAUAACGGAAAAAAUUAAAUCAUUGGAGGAAAAUGUAACAAAGGUACGUACACAAGUUAGUGUUUGCUUUGAAGAUUUAAAAAAUUCAUUGAUGGCUCGAGAAAAAAAAUUAUUACGACAAAUAGAGGCUAUUCACAAUCAACAAUUAUCAAUUUUACAAUCUGAUUGGGAAUUAGUUAAUUCAAUACCUGGUAUUGCAGUCGAUUUGGUAAAUGACUCAAAAAAUUUGAGUGAAUCGAUUGUUAAAUUUGGUAAACUUGAGUUUAUUGACAACAAAGACAAUUUUAUUAUUAAAAAUAUUGAACCGUAUAGUAUUCAUGAAUACGAAGAUGACAACAAAGAUCAUAUAACUUUUGAUAAAUCAUUACAAAUAGAUGAUAACGAUGAAAAUGUUACUAUUAAAUUCUCAAAUAUUACUUUUUCAAAUGGAUCUUCUAUAUCUGAUAAUAGUAAUAGCGGUAUUUUAAAUACUAAACUUAAGACUAAAGUUGAUUUUAAUUCUAAAUUAUUAUUAUUAUCAGAUAAUAAUAAUGAUGAAAUUGAUAAUGAAGAAAAUUGCUCAUCAAUGUGUUCAAAUACUGAUGCUGAUAUUAUUAUUCAAGAUUCAGAAAGUUAUUCUAUAGAAAAAAUAACUAAUAAUCAAACAAUUAAUUCAUCGCUUAAACUUUAUUCAGAAUUACAAGUAGCUUCUAAUAAUCAUGUUCCGCAACAAACAAUUAUUCAUAAUCAAUAUAAAAUUACGGAUUUUACUAAUAAUAAUAAUAAUAUUGAAAACGGAAAACAAUUGACUGAUGAACAUCCAAAACAAAUUCAACAGUGGCUUCAGCAAAUAUUAAUUGAAAGUGAAACAGAACCAUCAAUACAAGAAAUCGAUCAUUUUACAGAUGAAAUUUUGAAAUUUCGUUGCACCGAAUCUUUAUUGGAAACAUAAUAAACUUUUUAUGUUUGUAA